CCACUUUUGGCAGCCCAUGUCUUCCCACUUUGAGCACCACAGGAUGAGGCAGAGGACAGAGGGGCGGACGCAGCGCUAGUUGGCACACAUGCUCCUCCAUCAGAUGAAAAGCAUGAUGUCCCAGUAGAUGGACCGCAUGGGGUCUUGCAGCUCGGGGUGCAUGAUGUUCCCCAGGAUGGACCACAGGCUGGUUUGCAGGUUGGGGUGCAUGAAGGUCCACAGGUUGGUGGUCUGUAACAUGGGAUGCAUCCACAGGAUCGGUCAGAGGUGCAUUCACAGUUUGGGCCACAGAUGCAUCCACGGCAUGGGCUGAAGGGCGGCUUGCAGCUAGAGGUGCACGAUGUUCCACAGGAUGGACCACAUGCUGGCUUACAGCUUAGGGUACAUGAUGUUCCCCAGGAUGGACCACAUGGUGACCUGCAGCUUGGAAUGCAAGAUGUUCCCCAGGAUGAACCACAUGUUGGCUUACAGCUUGGGGUGCAUGAUGUUCCCCAGGAUGAACCACAUGUUGGCUUACAGCUUGGGGUGCAUGAUGUUCCACAGGAUGAACCACAUGUUGGUUUACAGGUUGGAAUGCAUGAUGUUCCACAGGAUGAACCACAUGUUGGCUUACAGCUGGGGGUGCAUGAUGGUCCACAGGAUGGGCCACAUGGUGGGCUGCAGCUUGGGAUGCAUGAUGUUCCACAGGAUGAACCACAUGUUGGCUUACAGCUGGGGGUGCAUGAUGGUCCACAGGAUGGGCCACAUGGUGGGCUGCAGCUUGGGAUGCAUGAUGUUCCACAGGAUGAACCACAUGUUGGCUUACAGCUGGGGGUGCAUGAUGGUCCACAGGAUGGGCCACAUGGUGGGCUGCAGCUUGGGAUGCAUGAUGUUCCACAGGAUGAACCACAUGUUGGCUUACACUGUGGGGCUUCCGCAUGGGUCACCGCACACGGUUUGCACACAACCCGAGCAUGGCUCUGUGCACUUCACGGCGGCCCCUUUCACCGCCACGGAGUGA